GAGCGCGCGGGGGAGCGGCGGGCGCGGCGGGGCGGAGCGGAGCGGCCGGACCAGCAGUGGGCGGGCGGCCGGGCAGGGACCCGGCCCGGGACCUGCGCCGCGCGGUGGCCAAGGCCCAGCUCCAGGACACGCACCCUGAGCCUGGAAGGCAUGCUGAGGCCAGGCUGCCAGCACGAUGAGUGUGAACAAGGCGGGCAGCUCCAGCUACCUGGAGCAGGCAGCCUACCACCUGCACAUCUACCCACAGCUGGCCACCAGCGAGAGCCAGGCCUCGUGCUGUGUGACCGCCACCAAGGACAGCACCACAUCCGACGUCAUCCAGGAUGCCAUUGCCCGGCUGCAGCUGGAUGGCACCAAGUGCUAUGUGCUGGUGGAGGUCAAGGAGACGGGUGGGGAGGAGUGGGUGCUGGACGCCAACGACUCGCCUGUGCACCGUGUGCUGCUGUGGCCGCGGCGGGCACAGAACGAGCACCCACAGGAGGACGGCUACUACUUCUUGCUGCAGGAGCGCAACCCGGACGGCACCAUCAAGUAUGUGCACAUGCAGCUGGUGUCCCAGGCAACAGCGGCCCGGCGCCUGGUGGAGCGUGGGCUCCUGCCCCGGCAGCAAGCAGACUUUGACGACCUGUGCAACCUCCCUGAGCUGACAGAGGAGAACCUCCUGAAGAACCUGAAGCACCGCUUCCUGCAGCAGAAGAUCUACACAUACGCAGGGAGCAUCCUUGUGGCCAUCAACCCCUUCAAGUUCCUCCCCAUUUACAACCCCAAGUACGUGAAGAUGUACGAGAACCAGCAGCUGGGCAAGCUGGAGCCGCAUGUGUUUGCGCUGGCCGAUGUGGCCUACUACGCCAUGCUGCGGAAGCGUGUCAACCAGUGCAUCGUGAUCUCGGGUGAGAGUGGCUCUGGCAAGACACAGAGCACCAACUUCCUGAUCCACUGCCUUGCUGCCCUGAGCCAGAAGGGCUACGCCAGCGGCGUGGAGAGGACCAUCCUAGGCGCAGGACCAGUGCUGGAGGCUUUUGGGAAUGCCAAAACAGCCCACAACAACAAUUCCAGCCGAUUUGGGAAAUUCAUCCAGGUCAACUACCUAGAGAGCGGCAUCGUGAGAGGAGCUGUUGUGGAAAAAUACCUGCUUGAAAAGUCUCGUCUGGUCUCUCAAGAGAAGGAUGAGAGGAAUUACCACGUGUUUUAUUAUUUGUUACUUGGCGUCAGUGAGGAAGAGCAGCAAGAGUUCCAGCUUCAGCAGCCUGAAGACUAUUUCUACCUCAACCAGCAUAACUUGAAGAUCGAAGAUGGGGAAGAUCUGAAGCAUGACUUUGAAAGGCUCAAGCAGGCCAUGGAGAUGGUGGGGUUCCUUCCUGCCACCAAGAAGCAGAUUUUUUCUGUCCUGUCAGCCAUCCUGUACUUGGGCAAUGUCACGUACAAGAAGAGAGCCACGGGCCGAGAUGAAGGCCUGGAGGUCGGGCCCCCCGAGGUGCUGGACACACUGGCUCAGCUCCUGAAGGUAAAACGAGAAAUCUUGGUGGAAGUUCUGACCAAAAGAAAAACAGUGACCGCCAACGACAAGCUCAUCCUUCCCUAUAGCCUCAGCGAGGCUAUCACCGCCCGUGACUCCAUGGCCAAGUCACUGUACAGCGCCCUGUUUGACUGGAUUGUGCUACGGAUCAACCAUGCUCUCCUCAAUAAGAAAGACAUGGAACUCUUCUAUCUGCUGGACGAAGAGAGCAACUUUCCCCAUGCCACGAGCCAGACCCUGCUGGCCAAGUUCAAGCAGCAGCAUGAAGACAACAGGUACUUCCUGGGCACACCCGUCUUGGAGCCAGCUUUCAUCAUCCAGCACUUCGCAGGGAAAGUGAAAUAUCAGAUCAAGGACUUCCGGGAGAAGAACAUGGACUACAUGCGCCCGGACAUUGUGGCCCUCCUCCGGGGCAGCGACAGCUCCUACGUGCGGGAGCUCAUCGGCAUGGACCCCGUGGCUGUGUUCCGCUGGGCUGUGCUCCGAGCCUCCAUCCGGGCCAUGGCCGUGCUUCGGGAGGCUGGGCGCCUGCGGGCUGAGAGAGCCGAGAAGGCUGCAGGUCUGGGCAUCUCCGGCACCCAAAGCCACGCAGCAGAGCCGCAGAGAGGAGCCAGCACCCCGUCGGAAAAGCUGUUCCGCGAAUUGCAUGACCAAAUCAUCAAGACCAUCAAAGGACUGCCCUGGCAGGGUGAGGACCCCCGUAGGCUCCUCCAGUCCCUCAGUCGGCUCCAGAAACCCCGCACCUUCAUCCUGAAAAGUAAAGGUAUCAAACAAAAGCAGAUCAUUCCGAAGAAUCUGCUGGACUCCAAGUCCCUGAAGCUGAUCAUCAGCAUGACCCUGCACGACCGGACCACCAAGUCCCUGCUACACCUGCACAAGAAGAAGAAGCCGCCGAGCAUCAGCGCCCAGUUCCAGACGUCCCUUAACAAGCUCCUGGAGACCCUGGGGAAAGCAGAGCCCUUCUUCAUCCGCUGCAUCCGCUCAAACGCUGAGAAGAAAGAGCUGUGCUUUGAUGACGAGCUGGUACUGCAGCAGCUGCGCUACACAGGCAUGCUGGAGACCGUGCGGAUCCGGAGGUCAGGCUACAGCGCCAAGUACACAUUCCAGGAUUUCAUAGAGCAGUUCCAGGUGCUUCUGCCCAAGAAUGCCCAGCCCUGCCGGGAGGUCAUCUCUACCCUGCUAGAGAAGAUGAACGUGGACAAGAGGAACUACCAGAUUGGGAAGACCAAGGUUUUUCUGAAGGAGACGGAGCGGCAGGCCCUCCAGGAGACACUGCACCAGGAGGUCGUUCGGAAGAUCCUGCUCCUGCAGAGCUGGUUCCGGAUGGUGCUGGAACGCCGGCACUUUCUUCAGAUGAGGAGGGCGGCUGUCACCAUCCAGGCCAGCUGGCGGUCCUACCGCGUCCGAUGGUCACUGGAGAGGACACAGGCGGCCGUGUACCUCCAGGCUGCAUGGAGGGGCUACCAGCAGCGGAUGGCCUACCAGCGCCAGAGAUGGGGCAUCAUCCACCUGCAGAGCCUCUGCCGGGGGCACCUGCAGCGCAAGAGCUUCAACAAGAUGGUCGCGGAGAAGCAGAAGGCAGAAGAAAAGGAGCGGGAAGGCCAGCAAGCCUUGAGGGAAGAAGCUGCAGAGGGCAGGCCGGGCCAGGCAGCCAGGCAAGAGCAGGUACCCGGGCAGGGCCCGGAACCGUCAGAGGACAGCAAGCAUUCGGCACUGGAUCCGCCAAAGCCCAAGAUGCAGCCGAGCAGUGAGCCCCUGGCAGAGAGCGCCCAACCAGAGGGGGUGGUCCCCAGCCUGGAGAAGGCUCUCCCACCCCAGAAAAGUGCAGCGGAGAGCCACGAGAAGGUGCCCAGCAGCCGGGAGAAGCGGGAAUCUCGGCGGCAGAGAGGGCUGGAGCACGUGAAGCUCCAGAACAAACACAUCCAGUCCUAUCAGGACGAGCACACCCUCAGAGAACUUUCUGGAAGGGCCAUCCCAGAGCCAGAAGAGAGCCUCCUGGAAGACAGAAAGGAGGGCAGAGAAGAAGAAUCCCCUUCAGAUGCAGGGCCAGAGACGGAGGAUGCUUCUGAAAUGCAGCUCGAGGAAGCGCUGCAAGUCGUGCCAGUCAGCCAGGUCUCCAGAGAAACUCCAAAGGUUCCCCAGGAUGGGAGCCUGAGCCCCAGCCACAGGGAGCGGCCACCCAGCCUGACCCUGGACGGUACCCCCGAGACCUUGGCCACCACUCCCGAGACUCCCAAGGACAAGAGUGAGCUGGGCAGUGACCUGAGCACACAGGACAAGCCCGAGAGCCCUGGAGGCUCUACCCAGAUCCAGCGGUACCGGGACCCGGACUCAGAGCGGCUGGCCAGCGCCGUGGAGCUGUGGAGGGGCAGGAAGCUGAUGGCUGCUGCUUCCAGCACCAUGCUAAGCCAGUCCCUAGACCUCAGCGAGCGGCACUGGGCCCCUAGCACCGCCCUCACACCGACAGAGGAAAGGCGUAUCUCCUUCUCCACGAGUGACAUCUCUAAGCUCCUGCCAUCCCCAACCCAGACCAAGACACAGCCUUGUAUGGAAACUGUGGACGGGCGGCAGGGCACAAAGAAGCAGGCCGUUCAGAAGAAGAAGUCAGGAGAUGCAUCUGCUGGCACAGACUCAGGGCUGUCCCCAGGCCCCCAGGCCGACUCUAAAUCUACAUUUAAGAGGCUUUUCCUGCAUAAAAACAAGGAUAAAAAGUACAAUCUAGAGGGCGUGGAGGAGAUGGAGAAUGCCAUACCUGGGAACAUUAUUCUGGAAGCUGCUACCAUGAAGAAGAAUCCAGAAGUCCCCUCCAGCCACCAGCACCGCCAUGCCAUGGGUGAGAAGCACACCAAGGAGCCAGGAGGCAAAGGGAAAAAGAACCGGAAUCUCAAGAUUGGCAAAAUCACAGUGUCAGAGAAAUGGCGGGAGUCAGUAUUCCGCAAGAUCACCAACGCAAACGAGCUCAAGUACCUGGACGAGUUCCUGCUCAACAAGAUAAAUGACCUGCGUUCCCAGAAGACUCCCAUCGAGGGCUUAUUCAUUGAAGCCACCGAGAAGUUCAGGAGCAACCUCAAAACCAUGUACUCCGUCCCGAACGGGAAGAUCCAUGUAGGCUACAAGGACCUGAUGGAGAACUACCAGAUCGUUGUGAGCAACCUGGCUGCCGAGCGUGGCGAGAAAGACCCCAAUCUUGUCCUGAACCUCUUCCAGUCGCUUCUGGAUGAGUUUACCCGCGGGCAUAAAAAUGAUUUCGAGCAGCCCAAGCAGAGCAAGGCUCAGAAGAAGAAGCGGAAGCAGGAGCGUGCUGUCCAGCAGCACAAUGGGCAUGUGUUCAUCAGCUACCAGGUGAGCAUCCCCCAGUCAUGCGAGCAGUGUCUCUCCUACAUCUGGCUCAUGGACAAGGCCCUGCUCUGCAAUGUGUGUAAGAUGACCUGUCACAAGAAGUGCAUGCACAAGAUCCAGACCUGCUGCUCCUACACGUGUGGAAAGAAGAGUGAGCCAGGCGCUGAGCCAGGCCACUUUGGCGUGUGUGUGGACAGCCUGACUAGUGACAAGGCCUCGGUGCCCGUCGUGCUAGAGAAGCUUCUAGAACACGUGGAAAUGCACGGCCUCUACACCGAGGGCCUCUACCGCAAGUCAGGCGCUGCCAACCGCACGCGGGAGCUCCGGCAGGCACUGCAGACAGACCCCACAGCAGUCAAGCUGGAGAACUUCCCCAUCCACGCCAUCACCGGGGUGCUCAAGCAGUGGCUGCGCGAGCUGCCCGAGCCCCUUAUGACCUUCGCCCAGUAUGGUGACUUUCUCCGAGCUGUUGAGCUGCCAGAGAAGCAGGAGCAGCUGGCCGCCAUCUACACUGUCCUGGAGCACCUGCCUGAGGCCAACCACAACUCCCUGGAGCGGCUCAUCUUCCACCUGGUCAAGGUGGCCCUACUCGAGGACGUGAACCGCAUGUCGCCCAGUGCUCUGGCCAUCAUCUUCGCGCCCUGCCUCCUGCGUUGCCCCGACAACUCGGACCCGCUGACCAGCAUGAAGGACGUCCUCAAGAUCACCACGUGCGUGGAGAUGCUGAUCAAGGAACAGAUGCGGAAGUACAAGGUAAAGAUGGAGGAAAUCAACCAGCUGGAGGCCGCCGAGAGCAUCGCCUUCCGCAGGCUGUCGCUCUUGCGACAGAACACUCCAUGGCCUCUCAAACUGGGGUUUUCAUCUCCCUAUGAGGGGGUCCUGAACAAGAGCCCCAAAGCAAGCAGUGGCAGGGGGAGCCUGGAAGGGUUGCCGGAGGAGGCGGCGGUGGCUGGCGGCGACGAGGACCGCGAGAAGGAGAUCCUCAUGGAGAGGAUCCAGUCCAUCAAGGAGGAGAAGGAGGACAUCACCUACCGGCUGCCCGAGCUGGACCCUCGGGGCUCCGACGAGGAGAACCUGGACUCAGAGACGUCAGCCAGCACCGAGAGCCUGUUGGAAGAGCGGGCCGGGCGGGGGGCCUUGGAAGGGCCCCCCGCGCCUGCUCUCCCCCACCCCACUGUGCCCGCCCCAAGCCCCCUCCCUGUGGUGGCCGCCCCUCCACGACGACGGCCGUCGUCCUUCAUGACGGUCAGAGUGAAGACCCCCCGCCGGACCCCCAUCAUGCCCACAGCCAACAUCAAGCUCCCGCCUGGCCUGCCCUCCCACCUUCCUGGGCGGGCAUCAGCUGGCCAGGAAGUUUCUGCCCCAGUGCGGCGUCGAGAGCCACCUGCCCGCCGCCCAGACCAGGUGCACUCCGUGUACAUCACGCCUGGCGCUUCCCUGCCUGCACAGGGCACUCAAGAGCCCCUGGAUGAGGACAGCCAGCCUCCUGGGGUCAAGCGGAGGUACUCAGACCCCCCGACCUACUACCUGCCCCCGACCUCAGGCCAGGCCAACGGCUGAGGGCCCAUGGCUGCCAGAGGCCACGUGUCCCAGGACGGCUGGAGCUGGUGCUGAGCUCCAGGGCCAGCAUUCAGCUCUCCAAGAAGGAUCCGGAAUGAAAAGCUCCAAGAGCCAUGCGAGGUGGGCACCAGCUCCCAAGUGCAGAGCCCCAGGCAGGGGGAGGCCAGCCGAGGCCCGGCUGCCCUUGCUGUGCCCCCACGUCUCAGACGCACUCGCCCAGAGCAUCAAAUCAUGGCAGGCAGCCUGGCAUUUCCCACCUCCCCUUUUGUACGUUUGUUAACUGUUUCUUUGUGUGUGGUUUACAUAACUUUAAACUGUAACAGCCUUAACAGAAGACCAAAUUGUUUUUUAUAUGUAUAUGUACAAACUUUUAUGUUAAUGCCUUGCAUCUCCCCAUAACCUGGACAUGAGUCUUCAGAGCAGAGCCCACAUGGCUGCCACACUUCCAAGGCUCAAACCUAUGCUAAAGAUGCUUCCGGGGGCAGUCCAAGGGCCAGGACCCUACCUGAGGCAUUUGGGCCCUUGGAGCAUCUGACUGCUCCGAGUCUGUGUGGAACUUGUUCUCUGGUGUGGCCAGCAGCCACCUGACCACCGUGCAUUCAAGGGAGCACUGGGGCUUCUGUGGAGAUCAAGGCUGUUGGCCGGAGCCAAGGCACAACUGGUAGGAGGCCCCCACCCAGGGACCCACUGCAGGCCCCAGGUCCAGGAGAGGCUGGAACGUGACUAUCACUCUGGACACGGGAGGCUGAAGGAGGCUGCCCUUUGGCACUGCCUGCCCACGUGGCAGAAUAGGAGCCCAAAACUCAGGACCAGUCAUGGGCCAGGAGGUCAAGGUCUGGGGUUUCCUGUCCCCACAGGUCAAUGGUGACAGCCUGGGAUCUGACAUCCGAAGUGGGGCUCCUCCUCUCUCAGGCUCAGCUCACUCUCCGGACACAUGACCACAGGUCUGGGAGGCACCCCACAAGCUGUGUGAAAUAAAAAGUGCCUGAAACAU